AUGAAAGCAAUCAGAGGUGUAAGAGACUGUUUUUAUGUUUAUUCAAUUCAGGAGAUACUUAAAGAUGCACUGGAGCACUUAGAGGUGAAGCGGAUAAUACUUGAGACAUUGAACCAGUGUUUCAAUGAAGAUGAUGAACAAGUUAAGUAUAAUGCUCAACAUGCUGAGAGGCGGAUUAAAGCAGAGUUUGAGGAACUUCACCAGUUUCUACGGGAUGAAGAAGCUGCCAGAAUAACAGCACUGAGAGAAGAAGAGAAACAGAGGAGUCAGAUGAUGAAGCAGAAGAUUGAUGAGACCAGCAGACAGAUUUCAUCUCUCUCAUGUACAAUCAGAGACACAGAGGCGCAGAUGAAAGAUGAUGACGUUUCAUUUUUGCAGGUCUCAAUGGAUUAUGAAUAAAUGACAUUUUCAGAG